ACGAGGUAACUAGACGGAUACACACAAAAAUCGAACCGAAAACAGGGAAGAAGGGCCUGAAAAGGAAGAAAGACAACAAUUCAUUUGUCGUCUUCUCUCACUUCUAUCCCAUCGACCUCAUUUCGAGCCCAUUCCACAAGUCAUGUUUCUACCCUUGAGACUAAAUGACCGAGAUCGUAACAGGGACCGGAACAGAAAAAUCUCCUCAUCCUCAUCUACUUCUUCAAAAACAAAGCAUCGUCACCACCGCUCAUCUAUAGGACGACCCAGCCAGCCCUCGACCAAGGAACCAGACGAUUUCGACCCCCCCUCGGCCCGUUCCUCCACCCUUUCCGCCUCCGCUUCCAAGUCCCGUAAGCAACGUCGGUCCUCCAUGCCGGGCGUCGACAGCGCCAGCCGGCCCGUUACGGCAUCCUUCCUCGAGUCGCGAACCAGUCUACCGUACCCUACGUUUUCUAAGGCUCAUAGCAGAGAGGCUGUUACCAAACCAGGCAUCCCUACACCCGAUCCAACCGACCUGACCGAGAAACCCCAGGAGGACGAGACCAAGUCCGAGACCCAGCACCAGUCCUCCGAUACCCAAAAUGCGCCCCCCAGCCCCCCAUUGACAAGCGUGGAUCAGCAUUCGCGCAAGGGAAGCACGGUCGGGGAUAAAGAAGAAAAGUCCACCGAGAAGCCAAAGGAUGGGAAAACUAAAAUUCGUAUCAAGGCAGAAAUAAAUCGGUCAUCGUCAAGCCUGCGUUCGAAAAGGGACGAUUCCAGCAAGACAAGCAAAGCUGUACGACCAGAAACCCCUAAAUCAAAACGCUCAAGUUAUGAAAAGGACACGCCAUCGCGCACCACCAGUCACAAAGCCUCCAAAUCAAAGCUGGAUGAUAGCACUGUUCAUCGUAAGCGGUCGCCUACGAGUGCCGCAGUAUCCCCACCUCGGUCUCCUGCAACGGUUCGCGAUGCUGGCUUAGAAUCCACUAACGGCUCUGACGCAACCAUCGCAGCUCCCCACCAGUCGACCACUUCUAGAAGAGUCAGGAGCCCAGAAAAACCUCCAUCUCGCAACCAAACACGCUCAUCUACGUCUCAUCGCCAUGUUUCUGGAAGUCGAACGCCCCUCGAGAUUGCGAUGGAAUAUGGCCGGCCACCGACUGUAGGCUCUGCAUAUGGUACACCCCCACCGCCGCCGCCUCCACCAGAGAUGCCUCUUUCUAUUCCCCGUGUCGACUACCUACUCCAGAAUGGAGGGCUAGAGCAGCAAGUACCAAAAGCUCUUCUCUUGGGCGCCGGGUUAGCUGAUACGCAGCCUCAUCUCCCAUUCCAGCCUCAUCUUGCCGCGGGCAAGGUGUUUGAGCCAUUCAAUCACCUUCUUGACAAGUACCAGAGUGUUAUGAAUAAGAACGGAUCCUUAGCCGUCGCGACGGGGUAUCGAUCUGUAGCUCGCCGCCUCCUCGACCGGUUGGAAGCGGUUUUCGCCCGCGACAUUUCAUCCGAGUCAUGCAAUUGUUUGAUGUGUGAGAGUGAGCAUUUUGAGGAUCUUCCGUCCGGGGUGAGCUGGGGUGAAGUAUUGGAGUUGGUAUCCGGUCGUCGCGAGCUUCCUCGGUGGCCACCUUUCAUUUUAACAACCGCCGUCAAUGAUGUGGACCUGUCCGGUGAUGAGCACAUCCCCAUGCAAAAGAUGGACAUCGACGUCCCAGAAGAGUAUCGCGAGCACUUUCUUCGACAGUCGCGCAAGACAAAAGUUGCUGUUGACAGGUGGUUAAACGAGCAGGUGGAUCAACCCACAAGUGCACCAGAGGAGGUGGAUGAUGAGACUUUAACCUUUGCUAUGCUAACACACCUUGGCACGGAACAAAGACCUCUCUUCUGUUCGUUGUUGGGUAUUUCGUCAACAUCACCAACCCCACGUCCAGAUGGAGAGCCUCGACCACGACCCCCUGCGCUCGUCUCGUCAUCAUUCGCUAUCCAACGGCUUUAUCGGCUUGGAUCUACUCCUCGAGAUCCCGAGACAACAAUGUAUAUGCUCAGCAACCCAGGAAUUCAUCAUGUUCUGGCCACUCUCGCAGCUAUUAGUGACGAUGAGUGGGACAUUUUGAUUUCGGGUCGCUUUGACGGGUUCCUUCGCAGCGGCGCAGAGGACGCUUUUGCCGCCAAUGGCCCAGCACCGACGCGCUGGGGUAGUAGCCGCUCAACUACUCCCUAUAGCCCUGGAAGAAUGUCUCGCGGCCCAACUCCGAACGCUAUGGAUCCAAAUUACAGACCGACAAGCCAACCGUUCGGCGGGACAGGGUCCCCGGCAUCUUUUGGUGGACCGAUUGCCCUCGAUGAGGAGAUGGAAAUUGCGGCUCUAGCAGAGGUCGAGAGAGACAUAUACGCCGGCAUGGAAGCGCUAGAGGACGCCUUCGAGGCGCUCCAUCUCAAAGCAGAAGCUGUGCGUUUAGCCCUCCGAGAACGCGGUGCUGGAUUGUCAAUUGCAAACCAAAACCGCCGGGGAUCAUUCGUAGAGGCUCGACUGGGUACUCCUGCAUCCCAGUAUCCAUGGGAAAGUGGCACCGACGACGAUUUCCUGGAUGACACUCAAUCUCUCGCUCCGGAUGACUCAGCCAGCAACAUCAGCUCGAACCGACGACGUCGACCGAAACGACGCACCGAACGUCGAACUCCAGCCCCUGUUGAAGAAGAAGACGAAGAUGAGGACGGCUCCCACGCCGGCCGACGAGACGGUCGCGGGUCGCGGAGGAGGUAAAAUCAAUAUCAUUUAAUCCAGCGUAUUUGCCGCUAGGAUAAUUUGAUUAUUUUUCUCAUUGUCUUGUUAAACAAUCAUAUCACUAUAUUCCUGGGGUUAUCCUCUUUUUCUUUUCUUUUCUUUUCUUUUCU